CUUGGAGGAGAGAUAUGAGAAACUGCUUUUUCGGAAGACUUCUCUCUUGCACAGAGGUUCCCUCUCCCUCGUAAUUUUUCGGAGGUUGGAGACAGUCUCUGUCUGCUUCCUCGCCAGCUUCGUCAGCGACGCAUGCGCGACGUCCAGAGACUUUCUGUCUCCUGAAUUGGGGGGGCUCAUAUCCCCCUUUGCUCGCUUUGCAUUCCAUUUGCUCUCGGCUCUCGUUUCUCCUUGGGUCUCAAACCUCCUAUUCGCUGCGGCCUUCUUGACCUGCCUCGGUUCUCAAGUUGCUCUCCUCUGUUCGUUCUCCCUGAGCAAAGACGGCUCUUUUUUUUCUCCGCGGUCUUUGCAGAACCUGCCGCUGCACCAAGACCUUUCGAAACGCCUUGCAGGCUCUCUGUCUGCGUUUCGAUAUUCAAGAGUCUGCAUGGCCUGUCGGACCUGCCUCUCUGUGCUCUGUAGACACACACAGCCGGACUGCUAUGUCUCUCUAAUGCGUUUCUACUGCAUAUAUAUAUGUACGUUAUAUACAUAUACAUAUAAAUAUAAAUAUAUAUAUAUAUAUAUAUGUACAACGUACAUCUAUAUAUGCAUAUAUAUAUAUAUAUUUAUAUAUACAGAGAUAUAGAUGCCAACGUGUAGUUGUGAAUGUUCAUUUCUGUUUUCUCUGUUUCUUAAAGACAGGAGGUCCGGACAUGUUGCAGAUUUGCUGUGGUUACCACGAGAGCGCCGAUCCGUUGCCUCCGCUGCAGUUGGAAAUGAAGGAGACUUUUUCUUUGUCGACUGAGGCUCCUGAAGAUAGAGAAUUUCUCGGCAAAUUUCGAAAGAUCCUCUGGAGCACCGCUGUCACGGCGCCGCCGCGAACAGCGCAGGCAGCUGUGCAUGCGCGCGCGGAUGGCCCAUCUGCGAAGCAAGGCGAACUCUACAGAGAAGAGAGCAGGUCUCAGGCCAUGAGUGCAAACAAGAGGAGAGUGUGAUCUGCGACGGCCGCUGCAAGAGCCUGCUGAAGCCGUUUCUUCUUCUCCACCUGCGCCUUCUCGGUGACAGACCCAACCGCUCUGCUCCAGAGGCAGAGAACAACCUUCGUCUCUCACUCCCGACGAGACGCUCAUACGCGAACCGCGGCGAGACUGAGCACCGGAAGCAGAAGGAAGAAGAAGAACAGGAAGGAAAAGGAAGGAGAAGCAAGGAAGAUGGAGGAGAGGACGACGACGCAGCCAGCAGCAAGGCCAUUCGUCAGAGCAUCGAAGGAGGCACAGGCCUGCUGUCGCGAUGGCGGAGUCGAAACAGAGGAGGGAGAAGAGACUUUGUCUCUCUGUUUUUUUUCCUGGAUCCGCCUUCUGGAGAAACUUCGGGGAUGGUGGGUUUUCUUCCUUUUUUCCUUUUUCUUCUUCGUCGUUUGUCAGACUGAGGCUUCGCUCGCGGCGCGUCUUUCGCCUGGUGGCGCGUCGUGCUCGGCCUCACCAGGCUUUCGAGAUUCGCGUUCUCGCGCAUUUGCCCCUGUCGCCUCUUCCUCUUCUGUCUCGCUUUUUCCUUCGCUUCCAACCUACCGAGUUGCCCGCUGGUCCUCGCGCUCGUGCUCCGGAGAUUUUCCUCGCCAGACGAGAAGAAGGAGUCACGCAGACCUUUCUUUUCAGGCGUCGUCGGGAGUCUGUUUCCCUCCCUCGCAUGUAGCCGUUUGUUCGCCUCUUUUUCUCUCGCCUUUCACUCGCCAUCAGACGACUCUACCCUCCUCUCCCUUCUCUCGUUCUUUUGCUUCAUCUCCCUUCUCGCCCAACGUCUCAGCGUCACCGGUCUUCUCUUCUCGUCCUCUUUCUCCUCCUUUCUUCUCCUAUCGUUCGCUUUCGUCUUCUCUCUUGUUUUUUUCAAAGUCUCCUUUGGACUGGUCGCGCGGUUCUCCUCUUCUCUCCUUCCCUCCCUCGUGUGGUCUCUCGGCGUCUGCGCCGUCUCUUCGCACCUACUCUUCUGCAGGUCGCCAUUCCUCUCCUUUCCCGGUCAGUUCUCACUCUUCUCUCUUCGCUUCUUCUUCUGGACCUUCCUCUGCGUCUCUCUUCUCGCCUUCUUCAUGUUUCCGCCGCAUGCGAAACGCCUGCAGUCGGUUCUUUUCUCGCGACGCCUCGCCGCCUUCGGAGCCUUCUCUUUCUCUGGAUCUGCUUCCGACUCUUCUUCUCUCGGCCGUGAAGAACCAGAACCUUCUUCUCAAGCACACGCAGCUGGUCGCCCAGAAGGUGCAGUGUUUUCUCUCUCGAGCGACGCAUCUUCUCGCGAGGAAUCUCCGGGAAGCUCGCAUCCUUCUUCAGCCUGUGCUUCAUCUCCUCCUCGUUCAUCACCAUCCUCUCUUCCUCGCAGCCUCACACCUUAUCAGGUUUUUCAAAGUCCUUUUGUAUCUCCGGUAUCUGUUCGACUGGCUUCCCCAAGUGAACCCCCAUCUCCCACCCUUCACCUUCGUAUAUAGGGCGACAGACACGUACAUCUCUGUCUUCACUCGCGUCGUCCCCUCGAUCGCCUCCAUGGAUCUCUCUGGAUUCGCUGCCUGGGCCGUGCUUGAGAUGACAGAAAACUAUCUUGCUCGCAUCAUCGCGACCCUUGAAUGAGAGAGAAACAGGAGACGCAACUUCACUCUUCUCAGGCCUUCUUCUCCUUCAAUCCCUUUUGCUCGUCGUUCCUCCUCUUUCUUCCAUCGCCUCACAUGCCCUCUUGCCGGGCUGUCUCAAUCUCUCUCCUCUCUUUAUCUGUCCUUCUCUUCCCCUCUCUUUCUUUCGAUCUCUCCUUCUUCUCUCAUGCCUUUUCUCUCGCUCUUUCGUUCAGGUGCUUCUCCUCCGGCCGGCAGUGCGCUCCUGUGUCCUGCGCGUCCUCUCCUCCGAAAGACGCGUCUGUCUUCGCGCGUUUCUGCUCCGCUGUUUCCUUCUCUUCAAUCCUGUUUUUCUUCAGCAGCUUGCGUCCGUCCCCUGCACUCGCAUCCGACGGCAGCGCGGACUCUGCUAAGACCGUGCAGAGCUAAACCAGUGGUAGAUGUCGUCGCCAAUCAUCUUCAGAAAACGUCUGCAAAGACUCCAGUCUCAGAGCGCCUCGCGCGAGCGCCUGUUUGUGUCUUUUUAAGACAUAAGUUCUGUACUUCUUCUCGUCUGACCUUAAGCGUCCUAUAUUCUGUACGAACCGAUGUACAGCCGUGGUGUCUUUUCGUCCUCUGCUUAAAAAUCGAGAAAUGCUGC